AUGUCAUCAGGUUUACAGAAAGCAUUUGAUAAAUAUUCUAAAUUUGGCAAAACUCAAGCGCAAUUAGCCGAUCAUAAUUGUAUUCGAAUUGGUUCAGCAGGUAUUCAAAAAAUGAUGAAAGAUUGUUCAUUAAUUGAUACAAAAUAUACAUCACAAUUAUUGGAUAAUGAUAUAGCACGUGUACUUGGAAAAUUAACAAUAAAUUCUAAUGAAUCUAGUUCAAUUCAUUAUCCAAAAGGAACAAAAACAUUUGAAAUCAAAGGUUUUAAAGCAUUAAUUGAUCGUAUUGCUGAAUCGAAAAGUGUUAAUUAUGAUGAAAUUUUAGCUAAAAUUAAUGCAAAUCAAGGUCCUCGUCUUAAUCAUGUUACGGAAAUCGCAAACAAAGAUAUAACUGAUCGAAUGACUAAUACAACACAAUAUACAGGUACACAUAAAGAACGUUUCGAUGAAGAUGGUCAUGGGAAAGGCAAAGAGGGUCGUACAGAUGAAAUUAUAUCUACAGGUUAUGUACAAGGUUUUAAAAUCAAUGAACAAUUCGUGUCAACAAAAAAAUAG